AGGUACUAGGCGGCGGCGGGUGGCGUGGGGCUCCAUAGAUGCGCCACGGCUUUAGUCGGGACCGAUUACCUCGACGGGUCUGAGUCUCGCCAGCCCCUCCCCCAGGAGACCGUUGCAGUCGGCCAGCCCCUGCUCUUUGGUAACCAUGUGUGACCGAAAGGCCGUGAUCAAAAAUGCCGAUAUGUCGGAGGAGAUGCAACAGGACUCGGUGGAGUGUGCUACUCAGGCAUUGGAGAAGUAUAAUAUAGAGAAGGACAUUGCGGCCCAUAUCAAGAAGGAGUUUGACAAGAAGUACAACCCCACCUGGCACUGCAUCGUGGGGAGGAACUUCGGUAGUUAUGUGACACAUGAAACCAAACACUUCAUCUACUUCUACCUGGGCCAAGUGGCCAUUCUCCUGUUUAAAUCUGGUUAAAAGCAUGGACUGUGCCACACACGCAAUGAUCCAUCCAAAAACAAGGACUGCAGCCUAUCCAAAUACCAGAGACUGAAACCUUCAGCCUUGCCUAAGGGAACACCUCGAUCUUUAUUGUGUUGUUUUGUACAGGGCAUUCUCUGUACUAGUUUGUUGUGGUUAUAAAGCAAUUAGCAAAACA